AUGUGUGGAUGCUUAUCAGAUCUUUGCCUUAUAAUAAUCUCAGUAUUAUUCCCACCUUUACCUGUUUGGAUUAGAAGGGGUAUUUGUACCAUGGAUUCAUUAAUAAAUAUCUUAUUAUGUGUUUUGGGUUAUAUUCCAGGAUUGAUACAUAGUUGGUAUAUUAUUGCCAAAUACCCUCCAUACACUGUAGAAAAACAUUCCAAAGUUUAUUACAUUUACCAAAAUGAUUUGGAAAGAGGUUUAGCUACUCCUCCUCAAUCAGUCAAUAGUGAACAACAUCACCACCACCAUCACCACAAUACUUACAUCAACCAACAACCAAGUGGAACUUCCAACCCAACCUAUGGUGCUACCAAUGAUACUGCCAAUCCUCCUCCUUACACUGAAGUUGAUAAAAGUUCUGGAAUCAAUUAA